GCAGAUAAGCUGUCAAAAUAAACAUAGACACUACCUGCAUAUAACCAAAGAACUGAAAAUAUAUAAGCAAUGAAAGGGGAAAUAAUAAACUGCUCGGCUCACAAAGACAUUUACUUUUUGGAGACCAACACGAAAAACGAGAGCACAGAUUUGGCAAAUUUAUUUGCCCCACCAACUGGAGGAGAUGUGUUCAAAUACAAACCCAGGUUAAAACUGAAGCAAAAAGUCAACCCAGCACUAGAAUUUUUCAUUCAGAACAAGCCGAGGAACCCCUCUCUAGAUCAGACGAGUAAUAAAUCAAGUAGCAGUUAUCAAGAUGACUCCAAAUGCCCGCAUCCCGGAUCCAGUGGGGCCUUAGAUAGCUGCAGGAGAAGGAGGAGUAGUAUAGACCUUUACGAAGAGGCCGCUUCGAUACUGGGACUCACUUGUGCACAGACUGACGACUGCAAAUGCUUAGAGUGCCAGUGCCACUAUUUUGACUUCGAGGAGGAAAUUGAUUUCCCAACCGGAAGCGAGUGCCUCGUCGACGUGGAUCACAGCUCGUCGUGCUCCAUCCAAUAA